GUAUGACGUCGGCUCUCUCGGCUGACUAGCGGAGGAAACCGCAGGCGGAGGUUUUGACGUGAUUAUGCGGUUAUUUGUAUUGAAUAUCGGUUUAUUGGAUUUACAUAAGAAACAGCUCAAUUGGAAUCGAUUUGAAUGUGUUUUCGGCGCUGAUGUUACGCAGCAGCAGCUUGAGAGUUCAGUGGGGCCUGAAGAAGGAGAACAUAGAGGGCAUGUGGAGCCUGGAGAGUUCAGCUGAGUGCUGCAGAAACAAGAGCUCCACCCUGUUCUGAAAGCACAUCCUGGAAUACCGAUGUUGAAUCAACACACUUGCAUCACCUCACAUUAAGCCAGAGGCAUCAAAACCUGGAGCCUCGGCCUGGAAGAACCUGAAAAGCUGCUUCGUCUACUGAAGUAGGGAAUCAGGAUUCAGGUUUCAGGAUGAUGGAGCCGUUGAGUACUGACCCGGCGGUGGAGCAUCGCUCUCUGAGAGACCGGCUGCUGCCCCGGUGUUCAGCCGGAACCGUCCGCAGCUGCUUCCCCCUCCUCGCCUGGCUGCCCAGGUACAACCUGGCCUGGUUUAAGAUGGACCUGCUGGCUGGACUGACUGUGGGUCUGACCGUCGUGCCUCAGGGUUUGGCCUACGCAGAGGUAGCUGGCUUGCCUGUGCAGUACGGUCUGUAUUCAGCUUUUAUGGGCUGCUUUGUUUACUGUGUCUUCGGCACGUCGAAGGACAUCACUCUGGGUCCGACGGCCAUCAUGUCCCUUCUGUGCUCCUUCUACAUCGCGGGAGACCCCGUGUACGCCGUGCUGCUCACACUGCUCUGCGGGAUCAUCCAGACCGUCAUGGCCCUGCUGAGACUGGGUUUCCUGCUGGAUUUUGUCUCCUACCCCGUCAUAAAGGGCUUCACCUGCGCAGCAGCCGUUACUAUUGGCUUCGGACAGGUCAAGAAUAUUCUGGGUCUGAAAGGAAUCCCGCAGCAGUUUAUUCUGCAGGUCUACUACACCUUUUACAGGAUACCUGAGGCCAGGGCAGGAGAUGUGAUUUUGGGUUUGCUGUGUCUGAUUUUUCUGGUGAUGAUGACGAUGAUGAAGAGCACUCUGGGUUCUAUUGAAGAGAACCCGUCUCUCCUGGUGCGCGUCUCCAGAGGCAUCGUGUGGAGCUUCGCCACCGUUAGGAACGCUCUGGUUGUGAUCGCGGCGGCGUGUGUUGCGUAUUCCUCUGAACUCGCCGGGAGCCAUUUCUUCACCCUGACCGGAAAAACAGCCCAAGGCCUGCCCCCCCUCUCCCCUCCUGCCUUCUCAGAGACCACCCAGAACGGCACAACCAUCUCCUUCAGCGAGAUCAUACUGGAUUUGGGAGGGGGUCUCGCUGUUAUACCGCUGAUGGGAGUCCUAGAGAGCAUCGCUAUUGCUAAAGCGUUCGGCAGUCAGAAUAAUUACCGCAUUAACGCCAACCAGGAAUUAUUUGCAAUAGGACUCACCAAUAUCUUGGGCUCGUUUGUCUCGGCGUAUCCCAUCACUGGCAGCUUCGGGAGGACGGCUGUAAACUCUCAGACCGGAGUGUGCACACCUGCAGGAGGGAUAUUCACAGGUGUGGUCGUGUUGUUGUCGCUGGCGUUCCUCAUGCCUCUCUUCUGCUACAUUCCUAAAGCAUCGCUGGCCGCCGUCAUCAUCUGCGCUGUUGCCCCAAUGAUCGACUACAAGGUUCUGCCCCAGAUCUGGAGGGUCAGGAAACUCGACCUGCUGCCCUUCUUAGUCACCUUCCUGGUCAGUUUCUGGGAGGUGCAGUAUGGAAUUGUGGGAGGUGUGAUCGUAUCUGGAAUGAUGCUGCUGUAUCUGGUCGCCAGGCCGGAGCUAAAGAUAUCUGAUCAUGGGGUGAUUGUGAUGGAGUUGGCAAGCGGAUUGAAUUUUCCCGCCAUAGAGCAUCUUUGUGGCGUCCUGCGUAAACAUGCACUACAUGUAUCUCCUGCUCGCUGUGUGGUGCUGGACUGUCAUCAUGUCAGCAGUAUUGAUUACACUGUAGUAACUGAACUGAAGGAUCUGCUGAAGCAGUUUAAGCUGCACAGUGUCUCUCUGGUCUUCACUGGAUUAAAGCCCUCUGUAUUGGAGGUGUUAUUAGCAGCUGAUCUGCCAGAUUUUACACACAGAGACAGUGUGGAGGCCGGCCUGCAGACCGCGUCCAGUAACCCCCACAGAGACUGAGACCCAUCAGAACAUCACCAACUCAACACAGAGAGGCUCUGAAUAAUCCAACAUCAGAACAGCUUCAGAACCGGAGCCCUGACCCAGAACCUUCAGGCUUCUCACUGACUCAUCAGCUGAUUACCUCGAGCAGCUGAUCUGAGACCUGGGUGAGACGUGACGUUCCUGCAGACGCGUGUUGGAGAAAUGUAGAUCGUUUUAAAGCUGCUGAAACUGUUAAAAACUGACUUUUUAUGGGAGCAAAUACUUUUUUAUAUCAGACACAUUAAUUCAUUAAUGCAUUAAUUCAGAAAUACACUAAAAACAUACACUGCUGUUCCGUCAUGUGUAUCUCUAUAAUUUAUUUUAUAUCAUUUUCACUUUCAAUUGUUUUUAAUCUGACAGUUGCUUUUUACAUAAUUGAUAAUCAAGGAAUAAUGAAUGGACCAAUAGAAAUCCUCCAAAAUCAUUAUAUUGAUUUACAUUGAAAGUUUAAAAAAAAAAAAAAGUUUUUUUUUUCUUUUCCUGUUCCUGUGAAGCUCACUUUUUUAUUUUUUAUUUAUUUUUAUUUUUAUUUUUUUGCAUGAUUGCAAUUUUACCUACAGUUUAUAUACAAAUUAUAGUAUAGGGGUUUUCAAUAGCUGGACUCUCGUCUGGGUCCGACCCCAGAAAUUUGUAUUGCAAACCGAGCAUAAAAUAUCAAACAGAAAAAAACACUUAAUACAUCCAAUCACAGAGAAAGUACAUGGUGGACUAGCAAAUCAUAUGUAGGCUACCUUAGAUUGCAGCCUUGGGGCCCAUGCAAUGAUUAGGGCCCACUGAUUGGCCAUGUUUUUUUUUUUUAAUAUGAACCCCAUUGGUCCAUUUUAAUGAUAAACACUUUGUGACCUUAAGAUUGGUUGGUUUGUGAAGGUUCUUUGCUGUUGGCAUGUUCCCAAGUUGAUGAAGAUGUGGAAUAUGGAGCUACACUAGCAUGUAUUUCCUCUAUUAAAGCUCAGUUAAGCUCAGCCACUCAGUAAAUCAUGAUGUUACCUAUAAAACCAUCCGCUACUUUCAUCCACAAUUCCUUUUCCUCCAAACUGACGACACUCUCUCUCUCUCUUUCUCUAUCUCUCACUCUCUCUCCUUCGCUCUCACUCUCUCUCUCACUCUCUCUCUUUCCAGGUUGUUAAAGGUGUGGAAUAUGGAGCUACACCAGAAUUUAUUUCCCUUUAUUAAAGCUCUCAGUUAAACUCAGUUACUCAGCACAUAUAGAAUAGAAUAAUCAUGAUGUAAUUAUGAUUAAUGUCAGAAUGUUGUCUUGAUUAAUACAAUCAUUUUUAAAGUGUAGCCGAGGAACAUCAAUCACCUUAAUCAACCACUGGAUACAUCAUCUAUCAGUCAAACAAUAUUUUAUGUCUUUCUUUGGUUACACAACACCAACUGCUGUUAUAAUCUCUUCGUUUUUAUUGUUUUACAUGUUUGAUAUGUAUGUUCUGAAUGUCUGUUUUGCAGUUUUAUAUCUAUACACUAAUCAACACAAUCCUCCAAUGUUCUUGCUUUUUACCUCUGAGCAUUCUGAACACUCACACUACUAACAGAUGUUCAUAUUGUGUGCCUUACACUGACCAAGAUCACUAGAGCUUUAGGGUAAAUUCACACUAGGCAAUCCGUUGACUAGUAAUCGCUCUGAACCGUGCCCGGGCACAGUACUCUAAUUUCUAAGUAAGUUAAAGUGGAUUAUCUACACUUUAUUGAAGAAGAUGCACUCCCAAGAGGGGGUGCUUUUCAUGGCGGGGGUGCUGAAUUUAACACAACACAAGGAAGCCCACUGAGCAGUUAGUAAUAAAGUAAGGGUACUCCGGCACGGAUUGUUUAAACGCAGUAUGAGUGCGGGGGAGUGGGGAGGGGGAUUUGGGACUCAACCAAACUGUGCCUAGUGUGAGCACACCCUUAAAACACUGCGCAUAAACACUUUUGUAAAAUCAGUAAUGUUGAUUUUAUAAUAAUAGUUGAUGAAAUUCUGUUCAAACAAAAAACUGGUGAGAUAUUUAUGAACAUUUGAUUACUGAUUGAGACUGAUGUUUAAUUUUAUUUUUGUAUAAAAUUUGCUAAAAUUAAUUUAAUGCUUAAAAAAAAGUUUUUUCUAAAAUGUUUUAAGAAGUGUCUUUUUGUAACAGUUCUGAAUGUGUUGUUGAUUUUUGUACUGAAAAUUCUCUUUCUAUAUAUUGUUUAUUAAAUGAAGUUGACAUAUUGAACAAAAAUAUGCACAUGCAUUAGAUCUGUACAUGUAUGUUGUAUGUAGAAAGUGUUUCAUUUGUUCAACAAAACAUGGAAAUUCGUUGUUGGUGUGUAAAUACAUUUAUUUAUAUCUUCAUUGAUGAAACUGAUUGAUUGAUUUAUUGGAUGAACUGAACAAACAUUCCUUUUGUCUUUACAAUAAAAUCAGCACUUACUGCAACAAAUAAACUGCACAUUUUUAACUGA